UAGCAUAAAAAUAAUUUCCUGUCAAACGGCUAGAGCAAUAAAAUCAGGAUUAGAGCAAUAAAUUAGCACAUAAAGAGCACUAAAUCCUCCGCAAGUUUCAUGUGAUUGUGCUCAUGUUGGCAUGCUGACUUAAUAGACAUGAGAUAUUUGCAAUUUUCUGUAUAAAUUGUUUUUACGCGAUAUCUCGCGAACGGAGCGUUUUGGAGGGUUCGUUCAGGGCUCAUUCGACGGAGAUUUUCGAGCCACGUCGAAAGUUGCCAGAAACAACCCUCUAUCUCUCAUAGGGUCCGAGAUAUUGGCAAUUUUCUUUAAAACUGUUUUUGUCGUGAUAUCUCGCCAACGGAGCGUCUUAUAGGGUUCGUUCAAGGCCUAUUCGACGGGGAAUUUCGAACCGCGUUAUAAUAUUACACAAUUCGCAGUGAGGGUAAAUUACAGGUAAGGAGAAGUGAAAUUAAAAUAUACUAGUAAAUUUAGUUUUAACCUAAGGAUUUUUAAAAAUUGAUCUAUGCUUGAUUUUCCUGUCUUUUGCUCUCCGGCAUGUAUGACUUCAUUAUUAUCAAGAGACACGGUAGUGUCAUACACACUCACACACAUUCACACACACUCACACUCACGCACACACUCACGCACACAUUCACACACUCACACUCACAGACUCGCGCACACACUCACUCACACACACUCAUAGUCAUUACCUUAAACGGCGACAACGUGAAUGUCUUAUUAAUCAUUAUAGACAUAAUGUUAAUAAUCGACCGGAAGAAUAUUUCUUCUCAUUACUGCUUAUAUUUAAACCCUGGCGGAAAUUAGAGGAUCUUAGAGAUAGUUGUGAUACUUAUGCGAAAUCAUUUCAUAAAGUAAAACUGCAUCUUACGGAGGCAUUGCAAUACCAUGAAAAGCUAGAAGAAUUAAAAAAAGCAUUUAAAAGUGCGCAAGAGCUAGUUCGGCAAUUAGAUGAAGAAUUACAAAAAAACGUGUCUCAGGAUGACCCCGACAAUCCGAUAGGCGUUCAAAAUAUAGAAGCUGGUAAAGCAAUGCAAGAUUUUAGAGAUCUUGGCAAUAAAAUAGAUGAGAUAAUUGAUGAUGUGUCUCAAAUGAUAGGAAAAUUAAAUACGGAUCAAAAAAGAACAUUCGAUAGAGUCAUUGAUACUGUAAGGUCAGAUAAUUCGAUAUUACGAUUGUACGUUAGCGGAGAAGGUGGAACUGGAAAGAGUUUCUUAAUUAAAACAAUUAAGUGUUGGAUAAAACAAUAUCUCAAUAAAGAUACCGCUGUAGCGGCACCUACUGGCAUAGCAGCGUUUAAUAUAGAAGGUUUGACAGUUCAUAGAUUGCUUCAAUUACCUGUUGAACAUGGUCUUACUACAAACUAUAAACAAUUGCCUGAUCAUGUGUUAAAAGUUUUACGAACAGAUCUCAAGGAUGUUGUUCUUUUUGUAAUUGAUGAAGUGUCAAUGAUAUCUAAUUUGACUUUAAUGUAUAUACAUCUUCGAUUGUCUGAAAUAUGUAAUACCAAUGAUUGUGAAGGGUUCGGUCGAAAGCACAUUCUUUUAUUUGGCGAUCUGCUUCAAUUACCUCCUGUACAUGAAGGUCCUAUUUUUGUACGAUUACCAAAUGAUAAAAUUAAUAAAUGUGUGAGUUCUUUAACUGCUGUUAAUUUGUGGACUACAGUAUUUGAUUAUGAUGAGUUGACGAUCAAUAUGCGUCAGCAAGGGGAUGACUCUUAUCGACAGUUGUUGUCAAGAAUUCGUAUUGGUUUAUUGACAAAGUCUGAUUGCGAGAUUCUUGAAAAUAGAAAAAUAUCGUUUAAAGGUGAUUCUUUUGAAUCUAGAUUAAACGAAUUAUGUAAUUUUAUUAAUGAUUUUCCGUUGGACAUUGUUUGUUUAUUGCCUACUCGUUAUAUGUGUGAUGUUCUUAAUGCUGCAAUGUUACACCGCAUUGCUUCGAAAGAGAUAUUAUUAAUUGCUGAAGACACGAUUGACUGUAUACCAUAUGUGAGAAAGAAAGUAUCAAAAGUAUUAUCGAAUAAUGAUGAUGAUAAUUCUAAAACUGCUGGACUUUCGAAAGAAAUUGCAAUUAAGAUUGGAGCAAAAGUUAUGAUAAGGCGUAAUAUUGAUGCUACUUUAGGUCUUGUGAAUGGUACAAUAGCUAAGGUAAUAUCAGUUGUACAAGAUACGUCUACCGAUGAUGUAGAAAAAAUAAAGCUUCUCUUACCAUCAGGAUUAGAAUAUUUAAUUGAAAGAGUGAGCGUUAAAUUUCAAGUGGUGGAUAGAGCGUUUGUUACUAGAAAACAAUUUCCAUUGUGUCUGAGUUAUGGAAUCACCAUUCAUAAAAGUCAAGGAUUGAGCUUACAAAGUGCUAUUAUGGACAUAGGCAACUCUAUAUUUAAUUGCGGUCAAGUUUAUGUUGCAUUAUCACGAAUAACCUCUCUAAAAGGGUUGCAUUUAAUUAACUAUGAUCCUUCGUCAGUAAUAGCUGACGAAAAAGCUAUUAGAGAAUAUAAUCGACCAAGAAAUCAGUACAAACCAGAAACAGAAAUAAUUACUGUUGCAAAAGAACGCUAUCGCAAAGUGAAAGAUGUUCCAUAGGCAUUGUCAAAAGUAAGUGCUUCAAUUCAAGAGAAUUAUCAAAAUCAAAAAGUACGGCAAAAUGUUGCUUGGGUUUUACAUGGUUUUCAAAAUACAGACAAUGUUUCACGUUAUGCAAAUGCAGCAUUACAAUGUCUAAUUUAAUUCCCAUUUAAGUCCCAUUAGAAAACAAUUGUUUAAUUGUAAUAAAUCAGAUGUUUUAAAAAUGUUAAUGCAUAGAUAUGA